ACCCAGAUCAGACUUUUUUUAUGGUCUGUGUUGUUCCACUGCCUGCAUUAUUUCUAUGCCUUUAUCAGUAAGGAUUGCAGACACUGGCUGCCAGUCAAACUGGUUUCACUCUGUUUUUAGGUACACUUAAUGGAUUGUUGGGAAGGAAAUGGUGACUUGUUUUUUUUUGUUGUUGUUGUGGUUAAUGUUGUGCAUGGUGUGAUUCCUGGUAUUCCUUGACUAGCUUUUCAUAUAGAGACAAAAGGAAAUUUUGUUUUUCUUUUUGACCCCAUUCGACAGUUACUGCCUCCCAUUUCACAUUCACCGCUGAAUAUUCUGUAGAUUUUCUUUGCCGAGAUAAUAACAUGUUCCCUUUUAUAAACACUGACACAUGUAGAGAACAAGGAAUUUUAACAAGGGCAAGUGAAAAAUGUUUCCCCCCCUACAUGAACUUUCCUGUGUAUAAUGCCAGAGCCCUUCCCCCUUGUUUUCCGGGGAGGAGUGAUGCAAGUUAAAGGAAAAGUGCCCAGAGUGAGACAUAUGAGUAUCUGAGCUGCUGCAGGCGCGUACACAGCCCAGAAAAGGAAGUGAAGAUGACUCUGAGUAAUUGCUGAUGCCCUGCAGUUUUGUUGCAUUUUCAGAUUAGCCAUCACCUGAGACUUUUUACAAACUACACACCAUUUGAUACUUUUCUGUGUGCACUGUUUGCAUUACUGUGAACAAUCCUAGAAGAGCAUAGGAAUGAUUCGAGUAGAGGAGUAACAACUUCCCUGAACAUUCUGGAGAGCAUUUCUGUUAUGUGCAACAAGAUAAGUUUCUUCUGUGGUUAACCUUGUCCCACUUUCAAAAUAAUAUUUGCUGAAAGCCAAAACAUUUUUUAAGACAGUCUCUUCAAGGACACAAUGAGAAAGCCCAUGCCGGGUCACUUGGGACAACAUUUUAGGUGAAUGAAGUGAUUCCUGAAAGCUUAUACCAUCUCAACAUCUCUGAGUAAUCUGAAUUUUCAUCUGAUGAGCAUCAUGACUGAGUCAAACCACACCCCAUCCUGCUACGCCAACACCAGUACUCCAUAUAGUUAUGCUCCUGGCAUUAACAAAGUUGACUACUCAGCUACCUUCAGCACUUUGGGCCUCAUCUCUAAUCUAAUUGCCUUUAUUGUCCUCAUCAAAUCCUUCAAGCAGACGAAAAGUCAUUCUCGUUCUUUCUUCCUCAUCUUCCUGGGUGGUCUUGUAGUCACUGACUUCAUGGGUCUGCUGGUCACCGGCUCCUUCGUGAUUUCGUUUUACGCAACACGUGUUGACUGGAGGAAGUUGGACCCUACCUGUCACUUUUGCAACUUCAUGGGUAUGUCCAUGGUCUUCUAUGGAUUGUCCCCUCUGCUGCUUGGUGCCACCAUGGCCACCCAGCGCUUUAUUGGCAUCAACCAUCCAUUUGCAAGUUCCUCCAAAAUGACCAAGAGAGGGACUAUUUCCCUGGUGCUGAUGGUGUGGUUUGUUGCUGGAAGCAUAUCGUUGCUGCCACUAGCAGGCUUUGGUAGUUACCACAUUCAGACUCCUGGAUCCUGGUGUUUCCUCAACAUGACCCCCAAGACAAGUGACUGGGGUUUCGCUCUGCUUUUCUCCCUGGUUGGACUGAUCAGCAUUGCAAUGUCAAUUUUGCUGAACACUGUGAGUGUGGUGACCCUGCUCAAGGUUUACUGUGGAGCAGAAAGGAGACAACGUAGCAGAGACCAUGAAGCGGAAAUGAUGCUGCAGCUCAUACUAAUCAUGACUAUUGCCACGGUUUGCUGGUGCCCUUUGCUGGUCUUUAUUGCCCAGACAGCUUUUGCCAGAACCGGUUUUGAGGUGAAAUAUCUGCUUCUCUGGAUACGCUUUGCAACCUGGAACCAAAUCUUAGAUCCAUGGGUAUACAUCCUGUUUCGCCGGACAGUUUUGAGGAGAAUGAACCCUCGUGCUGACUGGUCCCGUACCUCCAUCAUGUCUUUGUCUUCAUCGAUACGUGACGGUGUCCACCGAUUCACACAGUCUUCACUGGGAAGCACCCUGCGCUCGGAAGUCCCAGAGAAUCUUGAAAAAUCAAGUAUGAAGCCCCCCUCUCCAGUAACACCGUCCUCACCUUCUCCAUGUUUGAUUGAAUCUGAGUCGUAAUUACAGCAAAGUCACAUAAGUCUACCUGUAAAUGUGAUAUGUUCUGCUGUUGUUUUUUAUGACAAAUGUAAUGAAAUCGGCUUGCAUGGUUGCACAUGUGAAGCAACUGUCUCCUUAUGACUCUGUGUGUAUUUAACAUAUCAUUAUUAUUUCACUAUAUGAGCUUAAUGCAAAGACUUAUGUAAAGAGAUAUAAACUAUUAUCAAAAAUAUAUUUCAACUGGCACCAUAUGUAAAGCUAAGAAUGAGAUGUGUAAGCUGGCAUUUUUCAGUUUUUCCUUGUGGAUUUGGUAUAUUUUAUAAACAGCUAAAACAUUGCUUAUUAUGACAGAAAUAUGCUGUACUAUUGUGCAUAAAAGGAUUUUAUGCAGUUUGAGAAUUACAUGUUUAAAUAUCAAAACGUGAGAGAGGUCAUUAAGGAUGUUUUUCUGAUCUUUACAGAUCAACAAAAACAACUUCCUUGAUAUUUUUUCCUGUUUCUUAUCUAUCCAUCCAUCCAUCCAUCCAUCCAUCCAUCCAUCCAUCCAUCAGCAUCCGCUGAGCGGGGUCACAGAGAGGAUGAUGGUGGCUGUGUACUGUACAUGCAUUUUUGUAUGAAAAAAAACAAAAACAAUUACAGGACCCAAAGCAAUAAGUUGAAUAUGUUUGCAAAAAUGAGCCAACAUGAUCGACAGUAUUACCUUCUGCUUUAUGCUUUUAGUGAAAGUGAAAAAAGAAAUAUUUCAAUUUUUUUGUCUUUGUCAGUGAUAUGUAAUUUAACAAUGUGGUAGUAAUGUGCUUUUUAUUCAUAACAUGAAAUAUUAAAAAUCUUUAAAAAUGUGAA